CGAGCAACGAGGUUGUGUUCUCUUACUUCGCCGACGAGAGAGCCGUAUCUCUCAGGCAUUCGCGUCCUUAUACUCUUAACUCGACUUGACGAUCGUCGCCGCGAGAAUUCGACAGUCGUGGUAUCGAUGCAACAGUGGUGUUUCGUUCUUCGACAGAUAUCUCGCCGAUUCGGAUGCCUUGUCGGAAUUUCGUGGCAAUCGUCGCGAGUGCGAUUUUGAAAGUGCUAUUCGACGCGUCGUCAGUGUGUAGAGGAUAUUGUACAGUGCUUGUGCCGAGAGGGAUAAUAUCACCUGAAAUAUUGGAUUCCGUUAUACUCAUUGUAGUGAGAUUUAUGCUGUGUAAUUAAGAUCUGCGAUCGACAGCUCCCGCAUCACGCGUCUCGACGGAUAUGUACGUGGGGACACGAGAAUCUUCCUUGAGACGGUGCGCUUAAAAAGUGUUGAUUAAAAAAUUACAAAUCCGCCGGUCUAGCGUCAUCACGCAAUACUCAUUUUACACGGUCUACGCAUUCCUGACUGCCGUCGAAAAUCCGUGCUUUGACUCUCUAAUAUGUCGAGCGGUGUCGCGUGCAUUCGCCGUAUUGAAUGAUCGACGGCGAGCGACGGAUAGCUUUGCGCUCUGCAACAAUUUUAACCAAGAACACGUCCGUUUCGCGUUUGCGUAGCGUCGCAACGGCAAUUCCGCGAUCAACAUCGUCGCUAUAUCAUUUCCAAAGAAUCUCGGAAGAAAAACUGAACCGAUGAACGAUCUCGUGAUCUGUGCUCCGGGCGAGAGAAACACAGGCUGGACCCAUGGAACCGGCGUUGUCAUUUCGGAUACCAUCGACAACGACGCGCCGAGAGAGGCGAAUCGCGUCUGAUUGUUGCGACUUGGAUUCGUGUAAAAUCGAAAUCUCGUCGAUACGCUGAAUCUACGAUAACAUCUCUCGUCGAGCGUUAAGAAUCGCCGAAGAUCAUUAUAUUGGAUUUACUCGGGAUGACAGUGUAAAAGCGACGGGAAUUAUCCUGAUAAAGGGUGGAUAAGGAGACGUCGCAAGAUCGCCGCGAUUUAUCGACGAAAAAAAAAAAACAACGUGGAAAUCAAAGUGAAGUGUGCAUGUGGCGGAGGUGCGACAGUGGUGGAAGAAGUAGGUGGUCGUUGUGGACGACUGCAACGAGGUCGCGGGCGAAAGUGCAACGGGUCUGUUGGUGGUUGUUGUCGAGUCCGAGUGCCCGUGGUGACGGUGCUAGUCGUCAUCCCGUUGUUACCAUGGUUUCCACGUCCUUCGUAACUCUGGUGUUCCUCGUGUGUCUACAAACGGUAUUACUGUCGACUGUGAGCAACUGCGCCAAGACGAUCAGCAUGUAUUGGAACACCACCAAUUCCAUAUUUCGAAUAGACAAUACAGAUCAUAUAAUCGACGUAAACAAGAACAAUGCAGCGUUCGAGUACGAUCAAGUCAAUAUAAUAUGUCCGGUAUAUCCGCCGGACUCGUAUGUUGAUGACGAUGCUGAAAAGUACAUCAUUUAUAACGUGUCCAAGGAGGAGUACGAGACAUGUCGGAUAACGAACCCUAGUCCGCGGGUAAUAGCGGUGUGCGACAAGCCGCGCAAAAUGAUGUACUUCACCAUCACCUUCAGGCCGUUCACGCCGCAACCCGGGGGCCUCGAGUUCCUCCCGGGCCACGAUUACUACUUCAUCAGCACCUCGUCCAAGGACGAUCUCCACAGGCGCAUCGGUGGACGGUGCACCAGCCACAACAUGAAGGUCGUCUUCAAGGUCUGCUGCGGUAAUGAGGCCGAGACUUCAUCCUCGUCAGUGACAUCGCGCAAUAACUCCGUAGCCGUGACCAGCAGCACCGUGCCCAGCAGCAGCUCCACGAGCACCGCAGUUUUGGGCGGCGGAGCCGCCGGUCUGCCACCCCCGCCGCCGCCGCCGAUCGUCUACAGGGGCGGAGAUCGAUUCUACCCGGGGGGCAGCAUUCAUCAUCGUCCCGAUCAUCAUCAGACGGGCACGGCGGCGCCGACCCUGUCCCACGUGCCUCCGCCGGCCAUCUACCCCGCGCAUCCGCAUCCGCAUCAGCCGCAGCCGCCGAUUCACAAUGGACCGCCGUCCUCGAUCACGCCGCCCAAAACCUCGAUCGGCCAGAAGAAGAAGAACAAGGAGUAUUCGGACCAUCCGAAUGAAGUGGUAAAGAACGAGGAGCUAACGUACAACGGCGCUAAUUCGUAUACUACGCAGGUCCGGUACGCACAGAGCCUCAUUCUGGCGAUAGGUAGUCUGUUGAUGAGCACAUUGCUGCAACAGCUGCUGCGGUGAAGUGAUAGCACCGGCAACGUACGAGAACAUCGUAUAUCCCAUGCGUCGAAACCCCUUCUUCUGUGAUUAUCCUACGUUUAAUUGAUUUCUUGAGAAGCGCGCGAGACAUACACGCGCGUCCCUCGGCCGUCCCUUGAUCGUAGUAAAACACGCACGAUCCAUGGUCGCGCCGACUCGAGAGAUGGCAGAGAAAAGAGAAGAGGCGAACGGAGAGAGAGAGAAAAGACGAAGAUAAAGAGCGAGAAAGAUACAUCGAGAGAAGAGACACGCACGACACACGAGCGGCAACGCCAUAUUAAAUACAAUUAAUACAAACUAUCAGGGUUCCAAGAUGGAAUACCAUAGGGCGAAGACGACAAAGCCGAAGGUAGGACGGGAAGUAGUAGAGAAAAGAAAAGAAAAACGCUACUAUUAGAUACUACUUAUAGUAUAUGCCCACUAUUAUACUACUAUAAAUAGUAGUCGUAUUGGUUGUCCUUUUUAUCAUUACGCUGAUAGCUAUUUAUUCGAAUACGACAGAGAUCGAAGUUGGGAGUCGUGGCAGCGUGCUAAGUAUCCUCGAGCGAAAAAAAUGUACGAGAAAAAUGGGGUCUAUUAGCAUAUUAGUAGCAGGGCUACGCGAGAAAAUCCGAUAAAUAUCGCGUCUCUUUAAUUCCAGCGUCGCGAAUCCCAUAAUCCGGGGCAAAAUAUCGCGUAGGCUCGACCAACAACGACGAACGAUCCUUCGUUAAGGGGUCCUUGCACGGAAUCGACAAGGUCACAAUUUUUUCCGAACGCGAUCAUCUGAGUACGUCGCAUCUCGAGAAAAAGAGUACCUGAAAAUCCUUGAAUAUUUUCGGUUCGCGGUCAAGACGAUCCAGAGCGAAUAAUUGCGAUCCUUAUUGCGAGAGUCUCCCGGGGAUCUCGUAGAUUCUUCGACUCAAAGUCCUCGAUGCGACGUAUCGUAGUUUCUCGAUGAUUGGUUGAAGGAUCAAAGAAUUAAAAGAAUCGUGUGAGAAUAGUAAUCAUGUCUCUCGCGCGGCAUUUAGCUCAGAUCGAUCGCUAUGGAUGCCCAGCCAGCCAAUAGCAGGACGCCGAGGACGAAGGAUCAUUCGAGUUCGCGUGCGAGACCGUGAGUAGGAUAGUUAGCACGCGUGUAAAUAAAUUCCUAAUGAAUAUGUACAAGUGGCUCUUGGUCGUCUUGUAUGCCGAUGGGCAGCAGGGGGCCAGUGAGAUUUAAGAAAGAGUGCCGUAUUUCUAGAUAAAUCUUAUGAGAGAGAGAGAGAGAGAGAAAGAUGAAAAGAGAGUGUGUAUCAGAAAGAGAAAGUAUGAGCGAUUAUAAUGCGAGCACUGUAAAGAUAUUCAUCGAACAAAGCGAAGCGAGACAUAAAUUUGUGCGAUUUUUUGCCAUUAUGUCGAAUUAUAUCGAAAUAAUUACAUCAUUGUUACGAAUCAACAACAAGGAUUGUGUGUAUCAUUGACUCGAGCCGUUGGAUAAGAAAGAUAAUGGAGAAAAAAAAUGAAUGAGAUAAAAUAGAGAAUAGCGUGCAAGAGAGACUGAGUCGUGAAUCAAGUAAGAGACAGAUUUGUAUAAUAGCUGUAUCAUACCAAGACUUCUAUCUAUAGAGAUCUGUAUUAUAUUUAUUAUGCAUUAUCAUUACGCUACGAAUAUUCAACACUCGAUAUUCUAUAUUCGCUAGUGAAAUAUCAAAUUUAAUAACAAAUAAAUUAACGUACUACCGGCGUCGGGGGUGAAAUGGCGAUUGUGGCGCAAACAAACUCCCAAGGCCAAUUCCUGACAUUUGUUAUUUUCCUCGUUUUUUUUUUUUUGAUUCCGUUCCAAAUAUUAUAUAUUAUAUAUUAUACACGCGCGGAUAAUAUUUCUAUUCAAAUUAUUCACGGUAUCUAAUUAGUCAGUUGUUCGAUCAUGUUUCCGUUUUAUUGAUUCUAUAUAGGUUUUCUUUUUUUAUUAUUGUAUUUAUUUACUAAAAAAAAGACUCGCGCACGUAUCAUGUCACACGCGCGUAUACAUACAUUUCAUGCCACAUACUCGCGGAUUCGUCUUUCAUGCGACGCCACGCGCUUCGAAAGCGAGAUUGCGUAUAUGCGUUCACGCGACAAAUUCAUGCGCAGACACGAUAUGCGAGGGAGAAAGAUGAAGCAGUGAGUAAUUUUUCUUUCGUAUCUGUUAAAAAAAGAAUUUCAAGCGCAACUACACUAACGAAUUAUUGUAAAUACGAAUUUAUGCGGAAAAUGAGUACCGUGACAAGAGAAUGUAUAUGAGUAGCCUGUGUUGAUGCGUGCGUGUGUGAGAUAAGUGCGAGGGAGAACAAGAGGUCCUUAUUCAGGAUCUUUAGAUAGCGAAACAAUAGUCCUUACAAGUUGAAGAUUGUUCGACGUGAUCCGGCUCGCUUUCGACGAGUUCGUUCAUGAUUCAUCGUCCCUACUUGCGUCUACGAUCACGACAACAGCGAAUGAUUACGAUCAGCCGAGAAUUGCGAAUAUACAGCGAAAAUUCAGCAGCAGUAUUAUAAGCCUAAGUGUCUGUAUUUUUUGUGUUGUACUCUCGCAAUAAUACAGUGAGCAAACUGGGCAAUGCGAUUUUUCACGAUUCCAACCGAUCAUCAUUUUUUGAAACUCAUGCUUCUUUUAGAUAAAUAAUGUUAAGUAAAUGCAUCCACAGACAAUCAUUAUCAUAUCGGAAAGUAUUCCCAAUUGAUCAAAAUAAAGACUUUUUUAUGUUGCACAUUAACUAUUAUCUUUAUCUAUUAUUCCUGGAAUAAAUUAAUAAUCAUAAAGAUUUCUAUUCAAUAAUUAUGAAUAUAAAGAACAUUUUUCAGGAUUUUAGGAUUACCGUAUCUCGUAUACAUCAUCAGAAAUCUCAUUUUGUGAAAUCUUAAGUUUCGCUUAGCGAAUGAACGUGCACUCGGUUAUUGCGCUAUAUUUGCGCAUUGUUAGGAAUCGUGAAAAUAUCGCCGAUUACAAGUUGAAUUUAUUACUUUAAGUAACAAAAAAAAAAAAAACGCCGUUUGAUCGAUUGUUCGUGCGCGAGGUGAUACAUGAAAUUAACGUGAAUGGUACUCAUCCGCGCGAACGAUAAGCGAAUACACGCUAUAACAAUAAUAUAGACUCGAAUUAUUCGAUAUAGAAAAUAGACAAGGUCACUCACUGCAAAUUUACUUUUCUUUUUAUUUUAUUUAUCCCUCUUUCUUUUAUUUCUAUUUCACAUCCAUUAUAUCCAUACCAUUAUGUCGCAGACCGCGAGACGUGAGGCAUCCUGCUGCCGACGAGGAAGAAAGUAUUUUUUUAACAACAAAUAGAACGCAUCUUUGAUGGAUUUGUUGGUUCAGAGACAUAUGUACAUAGAUGUAACAUGUAUACACAAUGAGAGAUCUACGCGGCCAUAUUAACCAGUCGGAUCUGUAUUUCGGUCCAUGCGAUCUAAUGGAUUCGUCACGAUACGACUUAAACACGUGUAAAUAAACGUCCGAAAUAGGAUUAAAAAAAAGAGAAAAAGCGAAAACACAGGAUACGCUUCACGUCCAUCCCGAGGAGAUCUAAAUUCCCGUCUACUAUUACGUUCGGUAUGCCACCUCGCUUACGUAAUUAUCUACUCGUGUGCGUGUACAAGAACAAAAAAAAAAGGAUGUUGGACGAGACGCGCGCGGAUGUCUCUCGCACGAAAGAGAGACACACCGCGCGUAUAUUCAUGCACAUUAUAGAAGAAAAAAAAAAAUAUUUGUUCCUCUCUUCUCGAGAUCGAGGGUAAAAUAUCCACCGCGCUGACAACAUGGCCGUGCGGUUUAUAAUGAAUUAAUUAAUUUAACGUAAAAAGAGUGAGGAGAUAAAGUGAAUUUCAUAAAUAUUCGCGUCACUGUAAAUAAAUUAAUAACGAUAAACGCGAUGAAAUUUAUAUUAAAGUGCAUAGCGAGUACGAGAUAGGUUUCUAAUAACGAUUUAUUAUAAAAAUAAAAAAAAUGAAUGUAUGUUGAUGUCUAAGAUUUUUAACAAGAUGGAAGAUACAGAGUGGUUAAUUAUAAACUACGAUUAAACUAUUCAUAAUCGACGAACACUAAUUAAACAGGAAGCAGGUUCGAAUGUGGAGCAAGCACUUAGCCAGAUCGUGAUUUCUCACGUUGCGUAUAUUAUUUUGUAACCGGAGCAUACAGGACCCAUACAUAUACACUCUCAACGUCAUGGUUACCAUACGCGGCGCUUUUAUAUCGUGAAUUGACAGAAUCAUUUAAAUUAUAGAAGAAAGAUUGAAAACUUUAGCGAGCAUACGCUCGACAUGAGAUAAGAAUAUAACAAAAGGCAGUAAAAUCAUAGGAUAAAAGUUUAUUUAGCUUCUGGCACUAAUUUGGUACUAAUUGUAAUAUUUCGAUAAUAAAAUUUGCAAAUUACAUAUUAAAUUUAUUUCAAUUCUGAUUAUAUAGUCUGAUGCAACGUUUUUAUAACAAUUAUCAGUGAUUUUUUAUUUUGCUGAAUGCAACGUAGCGCAUUUUGUGAACAAUGAACCGUAUUAAAAAUCCAUGAUCUCUCGUCAGAGAUCGGUAAGGCUCGUUAAUGAGUGUACUCGUUGUUUUCAUUCCGCACUUGGUUCGCCGCCGCCUAUGGUAUCCUUGGAACGGAACCUUAUAGAUUGCGUGUGUUCACCAGUAUGCACAUUCAAGUACAGUACCAGUCGUUCAUUACGAAGCGUUACAGGAUACAAUACAAAGUAGCGUAGCAUUCAUAACGGUAGUCCACUAUAGCGAAAUAGUAUUUAAACGAGCGACCACAGGUUGCAAAAAAAAAAAAAACAGGAAAAACGCCAUAAUCAACAAAAAAAUUGCAGAUAACAGUGUGUAAAAAAAAAGAGAUAAACGUAAACAAAGUUUUCACAAAAAAGAGACAUACAUGCAGACACAAGGCACACAUCACAUACGUCACAGACAUGAUGUCGCGAAACUAUGCGAUGCAGCGAGAUUAUAUAUACGCGUGAUAGAGAGAGAAAGAGAGGGAGAGAAUGCGAGACAGUGAGAGAAAGAGAAUGCGAGAAAAAGCACGAAGAUAAAGUGAAGCACACGAUAUAUCUAAAACUGCGUUCAUGUAAACGCAAUCUGCACGCAGCACGCGUGCGAUGGAUGCGUGAGAAUGAAAGGCGAGAGGCGAGCAAGAUGUACGUGGUCCUACGCAAGGGAGCGUAGACUCGUCGGUGUUACACAAUUUAUGUAGGUAUAUUCUAUAUGUAUGUCGAUAUAUAGCGAAGUAUAUCGAUGGCAAACGAAAGUAAUUUAAAAAAAAAAAGAAAAGGAAAGGGGAAAAAAUCAGGUGCGUCAGGUCGGGGGGACUAGCUGCAUCGUAUUUUGUUUCGAAAUACCUUGCGGAAAUCAUUCCUGUUUGUCGGAAGUCUGGAGAAAAGGAUCAGAGAGAGAGAAAGAGAGAAAGGACGGUCCAGAAGAUUCAGAAAGUACAGUAUUCUUGUAAAAAUAGUACAUUAAUCGCAAUUAAUAGUAAUUAUUUCAUAAGUUUGUUAAGAUACGUAUUUAAAAAAUCGCGGCUUAUCUAGUUUAUAAUAUUUCUUCAGAAUCUGUUACCGUGCAAAUACGUACGAAUGUAUUGUUGAAACAAAAAUAUUCAACAUAGCAAUAUUUACUUUCUAUAUAAUAUUUAUUUAAUAUAUAAAUAUAUGUUGUAAUUAUUGCGCACGUUAAAUUAUUUUACAAUUUAUAGUAAAUAAAGAAUGUUCGCUACAAAAUAUGGACCGUCCUGUCUUACACGCGAUCUUGUUGUUAGUACAAAAGAGAUAGUCGAUGCACGAAGCAUACACUACUUGACUUGUGUCGUAUAAAUCACAGACAAAUAAUAACAUUUGACACUAAUUCAUCACUUGGGUAAUGCAAUUUUUAGUCUAUUUUAAUCGGUCAUUCAUAUUAGUCCGUUGAUCAAGAAUUAUCCUAAAUUUGCAAAGAGGCCUAUUUGAUAAAAUAUGUAAAUUUCAUCAUAUAUAUAUAAUAAAAAGCAGUUUACGAAAAAAAAAUCCGAUAUUAUAUGUUAUGUAUAGAAAUGAUUUCUCAGAUAUAUCUAUCAUGAUUUAUAUUCAAGUUAAUAACUGUACACAUAUCGAUCUCGAAUAUGUUAAAAGCUUUAUUAAUCUAAAAUAUUGUUCCUAAAUAUUGUCCUAAUUUUGAUUCAAAUCUAAUCUUUUUAUACAUUUUUAUGCCAUGAGAAGAGGCCUAAGAAUUUGUAUCUAAAAAAAAAAUUGAAAAAUUUUAAAUUACAUUAAAUAUUCCUGCUAUUGUCACAAAUCUAUAAGCAAAAAACUUUAUUAAUAAAGCUCAAGUAAUUUUUUUGAUAGUAUAAAUGAAUAUAUUUUUCAUUCAUAUAUACAAUAUAUGCAAUAUACGUUGCGCGAAAUAAAAUAGAACAACACUGUCCCACUAUUUAUUUGAUAUAAGAGCAGAAUUUUCCCGAAAUAAACUGCCAUAUUUAAUUGUUAUCGUCAAUUCCUAAUUCAAUUAAUAUAUUACUAAUAAAAAAAAGAAAGGCACAGACAAAAUCAGAAAUUAUCUAGGUAAAGAGAAUCAAUAAAGUCAUUACAUUCCAACAGAAUAAAAAAUACGUUCCAACGGUUUGUUAAUAUUACUAAUUUUAAGUUUACUUCAAGAGACUUUUAAAAAAAUAGCAAUGAUUAUUAUUUUGCAAAAAACUCUAUUUUGUCUUUCUAGUUGCUUUUUCACAAAUAUCAUAAAAAUGUCACACAACGCGCUUUAUUGACGAUAGCAUAAUUAUAUCAGUCAAUUGCAAAUCGUUAUUGUAUUAUCUAAUGUUUUUAUAUGUACGUAAAGUCUGUCAGUUACUUAAGAAAUUAUAUGAUAAAUAGAAAACAGAUAAUACUCGACUCACGAGAAUAGAAUGUGCAUCUCUACAUUUAUUCUGUUUUGCAUUGCACAUUUGACGCAAAUUCAAUCACAUUAUGCUUAAGGAAUUAUGUUACAACGUGUAUUCUGGAUAACUUUUCUUCGGCAGAUUAACGCGCGCUAUAAAUGUAAUAUCGUUUCGAUGUAAUAUCGAUCCAUAUCUAACAUGCAACGAGCGCAUCGAUUGUACAGAAAGAUGCAUCUCUCUUCCCGCGAUUAUGCUAAUCUUUUUCGACAGCGGAAAAAAUCCAAACCAUAUGUAUAUUGAACGGAAUUGGGCGAAGAUUUUCUAUAGCAAUUAAAUAAUCACUUUCGUGAUUCUAUACACUAUUAUACAAUAAAGUAACAAUACAUCACACAGUCAAAUAUUUAUAAAAAAUAGAUACCGUUUUUUUGUGAUAAGAAUAAGCAGAAAAAUAAGUGAUUUAUACACCAAGAGAAACGGAAUAUUGCGUGCGCCCAAUUCCGCUUCAAAAGGAGAAAAGAUAUUAUUCAAGCGAUUUUGUCAAACAUGAAUCAUGUAUUAUUAGAUCCUAGAUUAAAACGACUCUUUGAUACUUUGAUAAAUUUAGCUAAUUUUCAAAACGAGAGAAUUACGGUCAAAAAAUUGAUGAUCGAAAAUUGACGAGAGGCAUAAAAAGUGUUACGUCUGUCACUUAUGUAUGUUCAUAUCAACCCCGUCAAGGGCCUCGAACAAUUACACCAGACAAUGUCGAAAAAAAAGAGAGAUGUAAGAAUUAAUCGUGGAGAGAAAAAGAAGGGGAUACACAAGAUAAGUUUCAAAAUCCAUCCGGUAAAGAUUAGUGCCGGCCUAAAGAGGAACAGGAAAAGAUUUAAUCGCGUAUUUUUGCAGAAGACGAUGUUGCUUGAGAACCUUUAAAAAAAAAAACACCGAAUAGCACCCUUAUGGCCUGGAGAGAUAGCAAAGCAGUCAGUAAAUAAAAAAAAAAAAACGACACGACGGAAGGGUGGUAUGCCCCCUCCAUUAAGGAUGGCCUAUAUAUCGCACUCGUUUGAAAACUUAUCGCAAGAAUGCACAAGAAGUAGCGUACACUCGCUGUACUACUGUUUGUUGACUUGAAUAAAUAUGCGGAAAAUCGGUUUGGUUUAUAUGUACAUGGUGAGUCCAAAAUUCGCGCGAACAGAAUGUUGGUAAUCGCCCGGAAGCGAAGCUGGGAUUGCGUGUAUAUUAUUUGCGCAGAAUAAAUCGCGAAAUAUCGGAAUAAUGUAAAAGAAAAAACGGAAGAGAGAGCUUUCGGACGAGUAUGAGCGUUCCAUGCGGCGAUAUUGUUAUUAUGCGAACGUACUCACAAGACGGCAUGGUAUACAAGACUAAGAACAAGACCUAAAAUAGGGACAUAAUAUUUUAUAACUCAACUUUUGUACAGAAUAAAUAAAUACUUGUACUGUGGACCAA